UUAAAUGUACAAUUCCUCCUUUCUCUAUCGUCGAAUGCUACUUCCGGUACCGGAUUCUAUAUCGCCGACAUCGGUGAUGGUUCAGACAAGGUGUAUGGUCAAUUCCUAUGUAGAGGUGAUAUCACACCCGAAGAUUGUCAAACUUGUGUGGGGAAUGCAAGUGAAGAGAUCAAACCAAUUUGUACCAACAUGAUCUCGGCGAUUGCUUGGUACGAUAAUUGUAUGAUAAGGUACUCGAACGUAUCCUUCUUUUCAAUUUUGCAAGGAGAACCAUUCUUUCAUUAUUUUGAUCAAGAGACCAUCUCCGAGUUGGAUCAGUAUAACCAGACAGUGAGAGAUUUGAUGGAUCAGCUUAGGAAAGAAGCCGCUUAUGGUUCUACUACUCCGAAGUACUAUGCAGCAGGUGAAGAGAAGUACUAUACAGGGAAUGACAUUGUGUAUGGGCUAGUGCAGUGCAACCCUAAUAUAACUCAGGUUGAGUGCAGUGAUUGCCUAAAUGGGAGUAUUAGUCUUGAUGUUCCAAAGUUACUCUAUCCAUACAAAGCUGGGAAAAUUCUUAAACCAAGUUGUAAUAUAAGGUACCAGUUCAACAAUCCUUUCUAUCGGCAGGCUAUCACAGAUGGUAAUGUUGCAUCUGGACACAGUGCUGGUUACCAGUGGGUGCUGGGAAAACCAUUGGGGGUAACACCCUUGUCUCUAUACUUAGAGAUAGAAGCAGGUAAAGGGAGAAGUUGGACACUAAUUAUCGUUAUCAUCGUUGUUGUUAUUGUUGCGACAUUUAUUGCAAUUAUUGUAAUCUCCAUCCUCUAUCUACGUGUUCGAAGGAGGAAGCAAAAGCUCAAAGUUGAAGGUCCCAUGUUAGCAAUCAAUGUUGGCCUCAUCCUAGGAGCAUUGGAUCCUUCGAUAGUGACUGGAAGUGGAUCAUCAACCACUUCAAUGGAAAGUCUUGCAUUGACUCCGUUGAUUUGCAUAUUCUAUUUAGAAGAAGAUGAUAAGAUUGAGAUUACAAAUGUCGACUCCUUACAAUUCAACUUGGAUACAAUAAGAGCUGCCACAGACAACUUCUCUGAGGCAAAUAAGCUUGGACAAGGAGGAUUUGGAGCUGUUUACAAGUUCUAG